GCAAAUUAUUUCAUUCGUAUUGUAAAUUUGACUUUGGUUGAGACUCGUUUUUCUCUGCGUGUGUGGUGUCUUUCAUUUCUAUUUCUACCUUAACGUACGUUGAAUUACCUGGGGUAAUAAACGAAAAAAUUGUUUGAGAAAACAUAAAUUAAGCAUCCAUUCGCAAUUUUUCUUUUAUAUUUACGACAGAGCCGUUGAGAAUAUAACGAGAAAGCAUUUAUUUCAGGUUGAACUGUAAAUCUAAACUUUGUGCAUAAACUUUGCUCUGUGGCAUUGUGCAUUAUAAAUUUGGUAUCAGCUUCUGAUUCAGCAAACAGCUAAAGAUGGCAACAGGAGGUGAGCCACCCAUGUGCAGUAUGUGCCAAAACCAAAUGGAUUCAUCUGACUAUCUGUACGCGUGUGGACACACCGUUUGCAAAUACUGUUUCUACACGUAUUUCAGAAUUGCAUUCCGGUGCCCUAGAUGUGGUGAAACGGUGGAAGAACGUCAUGAAAAUCAUUACGAUGAACUUCUCAGUGAUUUCGUCGAUAAUAUGCUCCCCACCCCUCCACUGGAAGAAGAUUCAGAUGAUGAUGAAACGAGAGAACCUGAAUGUUGGGACCCUGAUAGCUGGACGCUAGUAGAUGGUGACGAAUUUCUUAGGGGUGUUGUCCGCUCGAGGCCUGCAUCACCGGUGGAAAACUUGGCGAUCGACAGACCUGACCCAAAAAUCCUGUUAAAAUUAAUUGCUUUGAAUGUACCGCCUCUGGCUAAACAAUUCGUACUGACCUCCAGAUAUGCGUGCGUGGUUCAUUUAAAGAAACUUCUGGCAAAACGGAUAUUGCAGAAUGUCCAGAGAUACAAUGAAUUUGAGAUUGUGUGCAAUUAUCAAGUGCUGCAGAACGGAAAUAGUUUGGGAGGCGUCUUCCAAUCCUUUUGGCGAAAUAAUGGAUUUCCGAUGGUCUUGAAGUUCUUAAAAGUAUCGGAUGAGGAUUAAGGAUGUUAAAAAAAAUGAGGAUUAAAAAAAUGAGGAUGAGGAUUAAAAAAAAGUUCUAUAAAAAGUAAUUUAUAGAAUGAAAUUGUUGUACCAUCAUCGUGGUUUUUUUAUUAAUUCAGCAUUUCCUUAAAGUGAAUAUCUCAUUCAAGCAUUUAUAUCAUUGAUUGUAUUAGAAAAAAUGUAGAUUUCCCGAGAAUUCCAAUUCCAAUUCCAAUUGUAGAAAAAUUGUAGAUGUUACAAAUGAUUAUUUUAAGAUUAUAUUUUAGAGAAAAUCUCAUACAUA